AUGCUUGCCAUGAACGAGGCGCAACCAAACCUGGUUGCUUUGGAGAAGUCCAAUAUAGGUAGCCUUAGGGAACUUCAACACAAAGACCAAUAUGGAAAUGUGAUAGUUGACCCUGACCUUUCGAACCCUACUCGCCCCCGUUUCGAACGUCCUCUGGACACAAUCCGCUCAUUCGAGGCUGCUAUCUAUGGACAAUAUUCUGGUCGCCCUGGGUCCUACGCACAAACAGAAUCUACUCCUGGUGAUUACAGCAGACGGAGCAGUUACUACAACCCACAUUCAAACGGACAGCAUAGGCAAUAUACUGAUCGCGGAUACCCCGGCCGGGCGAACUAUUCACGACCGAACAGUUACAUUGAUAACGGCAACGGUUAUUAUAACGGUGGAGGACCCUCGGAGAGCUAUUAUCCGUAUAAUCAAAACGGCCCGCGGCGACCGCGUCAACAUGCCCGGGGAUAUUCUGAGCAACCAUCGUACUCAAGCCAGCAAAACGGCUAUCCCCAGAAUGGAUACGCGCAAGGCGGCUACUAUAAAUCAUCGGACAACAUCACGGUGGCAUCACCCUCAGGUUCUGGUAGCACUGCCGAUCAAUGGGCCAAUUCGACCGACCCGAGUUCAAUAAACAGCUCGCUUGACCAAUUUCAGCAACAGCAGCAACUACAGCAACAGCAGGAGCAGGCUAUGGCUGAGAGCUACGGUUUCCAAGGCUUCGGCGCCGGGCCAAAUAUCAACGAUCAAGCAUUCACGCCCAAUACGGCCAAAAAGACCCCGUACGGUCAAGCCCCAGCGCCGCCACCGCCAGCGCAUGAUCCGAACGCCGGCGGCCCUGUUGGUGGUGCACCGCUCGCAGCCGGUCGACGCCAUCUACAGCGCAAAGCGGUACAGCAACAGAGCAUCUCUUCCGACGCGGGCGACAAUAGUACGAAG